AUGGGCACCAUUCCUGCUCGACAAGCCGUGGCUUUUCUAGCUAGGCAAGGUCAAGAAAUCACCGUUAUCAACACUCAUGGGAAACAAGUUGUUGAUUUAUGGGCAUUCAAUCCUAAUGACCCCCAUGAAUUCCUGUCUAUGGUGCAUACCCGGACAAUCCUUGUGAAGAUUGCACUCUCCAAGGGCGAUAAAUUGUAUAGUACUCGGAGAAAGCCAGUCCUAAAAUUGACAGAGGAUACCACUCUGGGUGUCCAUGACAUGACAUGGUCAGCAUGUGAUGCUGAAAGGUACCGCAUGCAAGGCUACGAUGGCUACCAUGACAACUGCACCGAUAAUAUGCACAAGGCCCUCAAAGAAAACUUCCCUGGCUUUCAUAUUGCAGAUGACUGGGUUCCAGAUCCGCUCAACAUCUUCAUGAACGUGACAAUCGAUCACCGCGGCGGACUAGAGCUUCGAGCCCCUACUAGUGAGAAAGGCCAGUAUGUGAAACUUAUAGCAGAGACAGACUUGAUUGUUGUCAUGAGUGCUUGCCCGCAAGAUAUGGCGGCAACAAAUGCCGGGAUGCCGACAGAUUGCGAGUUCCAACUGAGUGGCACAUCGAAUCCUCUAUCAACUUCUUUGGCAUCCAUCCAAUCUCGCCCCUCGCGUCGAGUAAAGGUAGCGAUGUCGGUCGACUUUGAUGCCGUUUCUCAUUGGCUUGGGACUGGUUGCCAUCCGGACAACAACAUGGCCGACUAUAGCUCUGGAAUAUUCGCCGGUCAAGUUGGUGCAUAUCGACUCCUCGAGCUCUUCAAAAAGCACGCCGUUGCAGACAAGAUCACCUGGUUCAUCCCUGGCCAUACCGCAGAAACCUUCCCGGAUGCUGCGCGUGCGGUAGUCGAGUCUGGCGCUGAGAUAGGCCUUCACGGUUAUGCCCACGAGGGAAUCUAUCAGAUGACAGAAUCCCAAGAGGUCAAUGUUCUCCUCAAAUCUAUCGAAGUUGCAACUAGGCUAGUCGGUAAAAAACCUCGCGGAUAUCGUGCUCCCAUGUACACAGUCAGAGAAAGCACGGUGAAACUCCUACGCGAGCACGAAUUCCUCUAUGACUCUUCACUUAUGCAUCAUGAUUCGCAACCCUACUUCACCCCGAGUGACCCACCAAUAAAAACUAUCGACUUUUCCCAGUCGGCUGAUACCUGGUUGCAUCCUACUGAAAUCUCCUCUCAGUCGUAUCCCCAUGGACAACACCCACUAGUGGAACUCCCAUGUGGCUGGUACAACGAGGACAUGAUGCCCCUUCAGUACCUCCCACAUCUCGCUAAUAGCAUGGGCUACGUUUCAACGCGGGUGGUGGAGCAGAUGUGGAAAGACAAAUUCAUGUGGCUAUGGGAAAACGACAAGCAGGGUAAUGAGUCGGCAGAUUUCAUUUUCCCGCUUCUGGUUCACCCUGACACGAGUGGAUUGGCACAUAUCAUCGGAAUGGUAGAUCGUGUUCUGGAAUGGUUGAAGGGGUUCGGAAGUGCUGUUGAAUUCUGUACUUAUGAAAAGAUUGCUGCUGAGUGGUUGGAGAUACAGAAGAAGGCUGUCGGUCAAGUCUAA